UGCUUCUCGGUCAGAGCGGAGCAUCACUCCCCCGCAGCUCCUCUCUGCAGCUGUCAGCAGUCGGUGUGGGACGGGACACGGUGCGCGCGAGGAGCCACUCGUGGAGCCGUGGUGACCGAGGCUAUACAGCGCGUGAGCUUCGAUUCACAGCAGAAACAACGUCCCCGCUGAGCUCAGACGCGGAUCAACCGACUGUUCCCUCUCCUGCAGGUUGUCGUGUAGGUCUGGCUGGACUCGAGUGAAGAUGGUCCGGGCAGCAGGUAUUCUGAAGCUGGCAGCGCUCGUCUCUGCCUUCCUCCUCGCUGUCUUCCUCACUUUUCAGCUGCUGGAGCCGAACAUGGACUUCGAUCUGAGCAGCAUAAUGUUAAGAGCUCAGUCAGCGAUUGAUGUCCCCACAAAGCCAGGUGUUGUCAAGCACAAGUGCGGCCUCUCCAAGCCGUGUCCACCCAAACACUUCGCCUUCAAGAUGGCGAGCGGGGCGGCCAGUGUGGUCGGGCCCAAAAUGUGCCUGGAGGACAAAACGCUGAUGAGCGCCGUGAAGAACAAUGUGGGGAGAGGACUAAACGUCGCCCUCGUUGAUGGGAAAACGGGGGAGGGAGGCAAGACGGCGAGCUUCGAUUUGUGGGCAGGAGAUGUGGCUCCCUUCAUCACAUUCCUGAAUGAAAUUGAAGACGGGACAAUCGUGAUGAUUGCUUCUUUUGAUGACAGCUCAACAAAACUUACUCCUGAAGCCAGGAAUCUAUUAGGUGAUCUGGGCAGCUCGGAAAUUCAUAACUUGGGCUUCCGCGAUAACUGGAUCUUUGUAGGAGGGAAAGGCAUCAAAACCAAGAGUCCGUUUGAGCAGCAUUUGAAGAACAAUGCGGAGACCAACAAAUUCGAGGGCUGGCCCGAGGUGCUGGAGAUGGAAGGCUGCAUACCACAGAGACAAGACUGAGGACCCGCCGCAUUUACUGUUGCCCUCCGCCGGACACCCUCUGCGGACAUUGCUGUGCUCACCAGACUGAAAAGUUUUAUUCACAAUUACGCAGAUUAACAUUCCCUCCGGAGGACCUGUCCUGAAACUUCCGUCUGUCCUGACCUCUGAACUUCUUGCCUUUCUCUUUUUGUUUGGAAACUUUAACAUAAAUGCCUGGGGGGGGGGGGGGGGGGGGUAACUGCAGCGUUAUUAGGUAGAGAGCACUGAUUGGACAGACCUUUGAUUAUUUGCAUUCAAUCACACUCUGUAUUUAUAACGUCCACGGACCGAUUGCAUAGCAUUGCACUGCUGUUAAUCUUAACGGUUGUGAUGAGCCCAUUAUUAGUAUAUAUAUAUUUGUUUUCUUUGUGUGGGAGCGGGGGUGUAGGGUUAAGUAAGGGAGGCGGCCUCUCGUUACAAUAUAAUUACCAAAUGCACCAAAUUCACUGUGAAAUUUGUAAAUAUGUCUUUAGAGGAGGAACCAGAUUUGACAGACCUCAUUUAACGAACAUUGUAAUAAUAAUAUAAUUUCUUUAAAUAAAUGAUAUUGAUAAUAA